UUUUCCCGCCAUUUCCAGCUCUUCUUGAGAACUGAUUGAUUUCGGUGAGAUCCGAGGCCUUUUGGGAUCACUGCGGCCAAGCAGAAUGGAUUGGUUUCACUGCAACCGGUGUUUCCGAAAAGAUGGGGCCCAUUUCUUUGUCACCAGCUGUGGCCAUAUUUUCUGUAAAAAGUGUGUGACUCUGGAAAAAUGUGCUGUUUGUGGAACUGCCUGCAAGUAUCUGGCUCUUUCUGAUAAUCUGAAACCUCAGGAGAAGAUGUACUUCAAAAGCCCUGUGGAUACAGCUUUGCAGUAUUUUAGUCACAUCUCUCAGGUGUGGAGUUUCCAGAAGAAGCAAACAGAUCUGCUCAUCGCCUUUUAUAAGCAUAGAAUUACCAAGUUAGAAGCUGCCAUGCAGGAGGCACAGCAAACGCUGACUAACCAGGACAAAGAGCUGUCAGUCUUAAGGAAAGAGAAUGGAGAACUGAAGAAAUUGCUAGCCAUCAUAAAGGAAUCUCCAAGUUGGUACCAAGGAAGCAGGUCAACCACACCUCGACCAGUGGGCAUUACUUCUCCAUCACAGUCAGUUACUCCACGACCCAGUUCUCAGCAUAGCAGCCAAGUGGUCAGUCGGUCCUCCUCAGUGGAGUCUGUCCCUUAUAGAGUGGCUGGCUUUAGUAACUUGGGACAGGGAGCCAGAGCGCUGCAGGGAAGGAGCACUCCAAGAGACUCUUUUACUGAAACCCCUUCACCAGCUUCCACUCACAGCCUAUCUUAUAGACCUUCAUCUGCCUCCUCCGGACAGGGGAUUUUUUCUUUCAGACCAUCCCUAAGUGGUGGGGAUUCAGGUCAAGCAGGAGUCCUCACCCCCAAUAAUUCAGGUCAGAGGGAGAGCAGAACCACACUAGAGGGUCUUCCUGGUUUCCAGCUACCAGCCCUACAGAAUCUCUACCAACAGAGGCAGAUGGGAUUAGCCAGGGGGAGAGAAGCAUGGAACACUCCCACAUAGACCAUCUUCAAGAUCUGAUCUAUACAUACUGCUGAAGGACGGACGGUAGCAUCUCAUACUCAUUUAGGUGUGAUGGCCUUGGAAAAUGUACCCCUACCUUGUUUCCUGGUUUCACCCUGUACCUUCUCUCUCUCAAUCUUAACCCUAUACACCCUGUAUUACUUCCUACGAAAAUGGUCAGGUCGGAGCUUCAGGAAGAUGUUUGUAUCUCUCCUACAAGAUACAGAUAGCUCCCUUAUUUUCUGCAACUUGAAACAAGGUUAUAAAAACAAUU